AUGUUAAAAAAUCCAACUAAGUCAAUUGAUAAAAUAAUUGAUACUGAAAAAUCUAAACAAGUGUUGAAAAAUCGAAAAAAUAUAAUUCCGAUAAUUGAAGCCAUUAUCCUAUGUGGUCGUCAAAAUCUAGCUCUAAGAGGACACCGUGAUUCUGGAAAGAUUGAUACAGACUCUUCAAACAAUGAGGGUAACUUCAGAGAAAUUUUACGUUACCGUGCCAAGGGUGAUAUUGAAAUGCAAAAUUAUUUAGAAGGUCCUGGAAAAAUGAAGUAUAUUAGUCACCGAAGCCAAAAUGACAUGAUUGAUGCUUGUAAUAAGGUGUUAUUAAAUAAAGUGGUUUCUAAAGUCAAUGCAGCGAAAUGCUUUUCAAUUCUGGCAGACGAAACUGCUGACAUUUCAGGUAUCGAGCAAGUAUCAUUAUGCGUUAGAUAUAUCGAACUGAACACAUUGACUCUUACAGAAGAAUUUUUACAAUUUGUUCCCACAUCUGAUAUGACAGGAAAGGGAAUAGCCAAUUUAAUCUUAGAGAGUCUUAAACAAUUUGGAGUUGAUACAAAAUAUUUACGUGGACAAGGUUAUGAUGGGGCAGCAGCAAUGUCAGGAAAAUAUAACGGUGUCCAAGCUCACAUACGAGAAAUAUAUCCAAAUGCCAUUUAUGUGCAUUGCUCUGCUCACUCAUUAAAUUUGGCAGUUUCCAAAUCUUGCAGUGUACCAGAAAUACGCGAUUGUUUGGGAACAAUUGGGCAAAUUCGUGAUUUUUUUAUCUUUUCAAAAAGAAAGUUCAUAUUAACAUCAAAAAUCGAGAGCUCUUCAUUAUCAUCAACAAAAAAAACACUAAAAAGAAGCUGUGAGACUCGAUGGAUUGAGCGAUAUCAUGCGGUUCACGACUUCUUAGAACUCUACGAAUUUGUCGAAGAAGCGUUAGAAGAUAUAUCAAUGUGGAAUGAUAAUGAUACAUCAGACAAGGCAAGACGUCUAAGAAGCUGUUUGGCCUUAUCAAAGUAUCUUCAAACAACAAGUAUUGACCUUAAAGAAGCCAUGUCCUUAGCAAAAAACACAAAACAAGAACUAGAAGAGAUCCGAGCAAAUGCUGAUACUUAUUUUAGAGAAAUGUUUGAACAAGUUAAAUUAAUGACUACACGAUUUGAUAUUGAAAUUAAGAUUCCGAGGACAGCUAAACGACAGACUAACAGAUGCAACAUUGAAGUGGAUAACGCGGAAACCUAUUAUCGAAUAUCAAUAUUUAUCCCGUACCUAGAUAAAUACAUCAAUGAGUUGGAGAACCGAUUUACAAAUCACCACACUACAUUGUCAAGUUUCCAUUCUUUAUUCAAAGAAAAUGGGUAUGAUGAAGAUUUUAUCAAUCUUACAAGGCAGUAUAGUGAAGAUCUGGAGGACGUUGGAAAUCGUGAAGAGAUAUUUAUAAAUGAAUUUAAACUUUGGCAAAGGAAACUCAAAAAUUUACCGGAACUGGAUAAAUCAAAAAAUGCGAUCGAUGCCCUUUCUGUGUGUAACAGAGGAAGACUUAACGGUUUAGCUAUGUUAUCCAUAAACCGUCAUCAUGAUAUAAGCGCAAACGAAGUUCUUAUUGAAUUAUCAAACAAGAAACGACGUUUGUAA